GUCACGCGACGUGUUUAUGUUGUUGAACAGGUGUCUGUCAGAAGCAUAAAGUUUUGUUCUGUUAAGAGCAAAGAUGAUAACCGACUUAGCAGAUGAUUAUGCAUCAUACUUUAAACUUGACGUAAAUAAAGAGAUAUCUCCAGUAAUGGAAACAAUAGAAGAUAUGUUAACUCGCCUGGAAGAGUUUGAAAGCCUGAUGGAUAUGGUGCGAACAGAUGUUACUCAGUCAGCUGUUGCCACUGUGCCAGAUAUUGUGGCCUGUAAGUCUGAACUGCGGACACUUUGUGAUCGUAUAGAUUGCCUUGAGGCGCUGGUGACGCGUGUGCGACGUGAUUUGGACACUGUCGAGUCUCAGCUUGACACUGCAGAAGCAACUGUUGGUGGUGAAGGUGUCAUAAGGAACAUGCUCAAGCCACUUUUUUUUAAAAAGUCUGAUCCACUGUCAAGGGCAGCCAGUUCUCCACCUUACCAGCCACCUGAAAUUUUCAAAACAGAUGACUAUUUUCCAAAAACUGAGGAGUCAGGAGCAGCAUCAAAUGAUUGAAGAUUUCUGUGGAGAGGCACUGCUACUGAUAUAUUUUUGUAUAUAUUUAUGUAACAGAACGUAACAUUUGAAUAUUUAGUCGAAUGUUAAGUUUUGUGAAUAUUUGAAGACGGUAUCUGAUAAUGUAACUGAUGUUUAUUUUCAAAUGAUUAAGGAUUUUGUUUUAUGUUAAACAAGAGUUACUGUUGUGAACACUACAUAGUGACAGCAUGUGGUGCUGUAGAGCUUCCAGUCAGCUACCGGUAGUCGGCAGAAAGCUUUGCAGCCUUUUGAUUUACAAAAACGAAAGUAAUUACAUUAUUAAAGAGAAUAAAAAAUA